GUGACUAAUGCAUUGCACGCAGAAGAUGCUGAUGAGGAUGAGGAAACAGAGCUUGAAGCCUACACGACCACAAUAGACAAUGAAGACGCUGUUGACGAGUAUACGGUGUUUCAACAAUGCUUGUUGAGUAAGUAAAUUGUGGACGCAACAGAGAUUGCGAUGACGUUUUCUUUGGUAGUAUAAUGAGGAUCGAAAUGUGCAGUCGAGGAAUUUCCACCCGCUCUAAUGAAACCAAUCUGAAGAACUUUAUCUGAAAGAAUCUUUACCAGCCUCAAAAAGACGUUUGUUGGGUUGAUUUGAAACAGAGCUGUACAGUUUCGUAUUAAAAUUUGACUGAAACGAGGAAGCUAAGUGAAAAGUGAAGCGAAAAACAACACAUUGGCUGCUUAAACCAUUUGAUCACAGCGCGAAUACAAUGUAUAUUUGGAUAAAUACCGAACAAACUCACUUACCGAUUUCCUCUUCAAGAGAUGGAUCCAAUAGCGAAUUUGCUUCCCUUGCUUUGGAAAACUGAGCCAAACUCUUCGUUUUCUGCCAUAUUAGAAUAAUAUAUUUGCGUAUGUGUGAAACCUGAGCCGUUUCUCAUAUAUCAAACCAAUCAACAGCGGUAUUUGCGGUCAUGUGGGGCAGUGCAUUCUGCCUUUAAGUUUUUAUUUGGAUGUUAUAAGGACGUACAAAAAUUGCUGGAGAGAACAUAUAUGCGGGCUCUGGGCGGAACUUGGAAAACUAGGGAGACGUGAGCCACCUCAUUGCUUUUUUCCCCAAUAUUAUCACCUCCUGCCCACAUCCUUCAUCCUAACUUCCAAAUAAAAACAACUUUGACAUACAGACUUGGAGUAAAUCCAGUUUUCAACUUUGAGUCAAGCAUGUAUUGACUGCAAACUGAAUAAAAUAUAUACCAAAAUUUUACGAAUGAGCCAAGAAAUAAUAUCAGAGCACAGAGCGUCUAUAUACGCUACGAAUCCUGAAGUACAAUUAUACCAAGAAAAAGUCAACCAUGCUGAACCAAAUAUAUACCAAAAUGUUACGAACGGGCAGACAAACAUGAAAACAUCACUUCUGGCGGAGGGGAUGACUAUAAGAGUAUCGAUAUAUCUGAUCAUUGGUCUUUAUUGAUUUUCAAGAUAUUCAAGCUCAAGAUCCGGCAUGGUACAAUCAGUUGACAAAUAAUCUCAAUGAAGAACAGAAACAAGAGCUUCAACAUUUAUUUGUAUUAGCUGAUCAAAGGAGGGCAGCACAGGGUAAGAAACUAUACAACAUAACCACGUGUUUCUAUUCCCACUUAUGACGUAUAUUAUUUUGACCUGCAUGCUUAUUAUAUUCGACUGAGGUAGAUAAUAACUUCCCCACGAAUCACCUUCGGUCGGAACGCCGAAAUUUUGCUUAUAUUUUUCGGGUAGUCGAAUCCCCCUCUCAUGAUUUGCAGCUUCCUAGAUUUGAUCCUAGCCUCGGUGGAUGAGGCAAAAUGUUGGAGAUUAAAACUUUCCCAAGAGCAAGUCCGCAAAAUCACGUAAAAAUUGACGUUGACAAUUAAUUGCAUGUGUAUGGAAUUAAAACUGAAAAUUCCGUAUUACACAUCAUGUUUUGAAAACAAUUUCCCAUUCCAUUGAGCCGUAAAUAAAAAUCCCAUUUUCCGAACAAAAAAUGGAAGAAUUCCCCAUUCCACAAAUUCCGCCCAACUAUAGCCGCCAGCGUAUGGUUUUCAUACCAAAUUUAUAUUAUGAUCACCAAAUUUAUAUUAUGAUCAAUUGGCGAAUUUACUUAGUAUUCAUACACAGUCCUGGAUAAAAUAUUUUCUUCUGUGACCAUUUGCAAUACGUUUCUGUCUGCCUUUUCCUGCCCUUUCAACAUGAACAUGUUUUCUGAAUAUGAACAUGUUUUUGAACAGCUAGAAAAGGUUUUUUAAAUCCAGUUUCAUUUUCACCUGGUGGUUCUUAAUCCACUGGUUUAACUAUGCUAGAACGGAAAACGAACCCUAUAGAAUGCCAUAAGCUACUUUAUAUACAUUGUUUAAGUUGUUCAAUUGUUUAAUGAAAAAACUUGUUCAGCUGUGCCAUUCAAGCCAUAUCUAACCUCACACUUGCAAUACACUUUUUAGUCCAUCCAUUUCUCCCUCCCAAAUCUAAAAUUAUUAUUUCUUGAAAAUACUUGGUUUAAAGGAAACACAAUUUCGUCGAUAUGGAUGCAACUACCUGAAAAAUAUAUUAAGGAGAAUUUCAACAUUUCGAGCGAAGGCCCUUCGUCUGGAGUUACUACAGGGCCUUCGCUAGAAACGUCGAAAUUCUCCUUAUAUAUUCAGGCAGUUGCAUCCCCACCAACGAAAGCUUGUUUAUAUUACUGGUACUACCUACACUGGCACAUGUACAGAAUGUUCAAGAUUAUGUUGGUUUAAAGGACGUUGGCAACAAAAAAUUUUAUUGUCUCAUUUGAAAGAAAGUUUAAAAUUAUAUCUAUAAAAUAUUUUUACAGAUUUUUCGUAACAAGCUUAACUCUUGAAAUAUUUUGAUUGGAAGCAAUGAACUGUCCACCGUCUUGGAUUAAUUCUUAACCUCAUUAACUGUCGUUUUGAUGACGUCAGGAGUGGGAGUGAGUAACAGUCAAAAGUAGUUUAAAAUGUUUUUAUUCAAUUCGAAAUUCGAAAUGGCAACCAAAACUGGAGUUUCGGGCUCAAAUUGAUCACUGGCUGUCACGAUAAAAACUAGCUUGACCCCACUUGUGACGUAUGUGUAUGUCCUCAAUAAUCCAAGACAGCGGACAGCUCAUUGCUUUCAGUCAAAAUAUUUCAAGAAUCAAGCAAGAUCUGAAAAAUCUACAGGAUGUCUGAAGAAAAGUUUCCCUUUAGAAAUCACUCUGAUCUUGUGCGUUAUUAUAUGCCUGUGGGAAUUUAAUGAAAUUGUACAUGAAUGGCGGAAGUAUUUACAACUUCCCUUCGUUCAAAUAAUUUAACACUUCGGUUACACUUUGCGUUAACGUAUAUGUUGUUACGACAAAUACUCGUUGCACCAUUCUUACUCGAACUGACGGUAAGACGAAUUUGUAAUUUGGCACUUUUGUGUUGCUGUUUGUUUUAGAAGCUAUUUUAAAUUCCCAGAGCAGGGUUCGUAGCGGUCUUUGAAAUCCUUGAAAGUCUUCAAAUUUGAAUGCAGGUCUUUAAGGUCUUUGAAAAGUCUUUGAAUUGUGUGAAAACGCGAAGAAAGUCUUUAAAAGUCUUUAGAUUAUUUAGUAAGUGUUUGAUUAUACGAUUUCCUAGCUAAUAAAAUAGGUUGAUUGAAGAGCAAGGUUUUCGCAAUAUCGACGAAAAGGCGCAUUUUAGGAUGUGAUUUGACGGGACUAAUUACCGGGUAAAAAUGGCGCUUACACUCGCAAUUUUUCGACAACUGAUUGCUCUCGACAGCUGAUUGCUCUGAAAGGUCUUUGAAAAGUCUUUGAAAAUAGGCAGAAAAAAUCUUUGAGAGUCUUUGAAUUUUUUUGCUCUUGGAGACUACGAACCCUGCAGAGGUAUAACAACAAUAGAGUGGUUUCUUUAGGGGGGACUUUUUUCGGACACCCUGUACAGGGUGUAUCAAAAAAAAUGUACACCCUUUCAAAUUCAAAUGAGCUAUAACGUAUUGUAGUAAUUUAACAGCUCUAAUUGCUUUGAAUUAAUGGUUGGCUAAGAACACAAGGUCUUGUACUCAUGGGACGAAACUCAAAGAAAUAAAAAUUAGAAAAUUUAAAAGAAAUACAGUAUUUCUUUUAAAUUUUCUAAUUUUUAUUUCUUUAUAUUUUUAUUUUCUAAUUUUUAUGACUUUUACUAAACCUCUUGAGGGACAUUUCAUCACUAAUCGACCGUAAUGCCAUGCUAUUACUUUGUAAUAUCAUAGUUGCCGAGGGAAUCGCGCGUGGUGUGUUGCCUGUUUUGAAUGCUGUUUGAUUGUCUUAUGAUUGUGGUACGAACACUUUUCAUAUAUACGCACGCGCAGAAACACAUCUCCGUGUCCGUUGGCGAUUUAGGCAUGCGCAUAAACGGAAUUUUCUCCCACAAUUGUAAUGUUCAAGAUUAGGGAAUAAAAGCUGGCAAAGUGAUUGUUCGAAUGUGUACGGGACGGUGUCGUCAGAUACUGUCCAUAGUUGUGCCGAUGAUUUUCGAUGAGGUACAGCUCUCCAAUCAGGUAAUGAGGUACGCGUUUGUCUUCUAAAUUUCCCUCAUCAAGCAUGCAGGGGAAAACGAGAACUAAUUUUACCACGGGCAAAGUUAGUUCUAAUUUUGCCCGUGGUAAAAAUUAGUUCUAAUUUUACUCCAUGUUUUAGUAAUGAGGUAAAUUAGUGAUUAAUCGUACCUCGCGAGACAUGGAUUUCGAGGCAACUAUGGUAUUACUCAUUUAAGAGGAAAACAUGAAAAAUCAGAUGGUAUGAAAACCUACUAAUUUUUCAUAAAAUUCUCUUUCUGUGUAGAAACGCGGCACCUGGACAUGCAAGGUGGUUAUAGUUUUGCCAGUACCGCUGUACCAUCGAACUUCUCAUUUGGACAGUCCUAG